AUGUCUGCAGCCGUCGCUCCGCAGCACCGGCCCGGCGCCCCAAAUUGCGCACCCCAAAGGGCACCUCGCCAGCCAGACUGGAACACCUUUUACAAGAACGGCUUGCCAAAGGAGGUCAUUGUGAUUGAAGACUCGCCCGAGCCCCCAGCCAGCCACGCCCCCGUCCGACCGGUGCUGCCGGCGUCGGCCACGGAGAGCGGCCUCUCGAGCGCGAGAAAGCGAAAGGCACAGGAGCAGUCGGCCGUCGGCUCGGUCGCCAACGGCACCACGAACGGCUCGAACGUCCACUCGAGCCACUCCGAGUCCAACCUCGGCCGGAAACGACGGCGAGUAAGCGAUCGCCAGGACGACACCGAAAGCUCCGGCCAGGCCUCUGUCAAGAAGCCCAAGUACGCCGAGUACAAGCCGCCGCGUCUCCCCGCACGAAGGGUGUUGAACGCGGAGAUUCGUGUCGUUCAUGACGAAAAGAGCCACAGCAGUACCGCCAAAGUCGACGACGAGGACGGGCACUUUAUCAUUAUACCGGAGCAGCGUGUGGGACGGCAAUAUCGAGUCGAGAAGCUUCUUGGGCAGGGCACCUUUGGCAAAGUCGUCAAGGCCUAUGACAUGGUCCGGCAAGAGCACGUCGCCCUGAAGAUCAUCCGCUCCAUACAAAAAUACCGGGACGCUGCGAGAAUAGAGCUGCGGGUUCUACAAACUCUUCGCAACAACGACCCGGACAACCGUUAUCGAUGCAUUCAUCCUCGGGACAGCUUCGACUACAAGGGUCAUAUCUGCAUAACCAUGGGCCUACUUGACUCGAGCAUAUUCGAUUUUCUAAAAGCCAAUAACUUUGCGCCCUUCCCCAACAGCCACAUCCAGAGCAUGGCUCAUCAGCUACUCACCAGCGUUGCUUUCUUGCACGAUCUCGAGCUUGUACAUACAGACUUGAAGCCCGAGAACAUUCUUCUCCAGCACGCUUCAUACCAGGCGUUCACGUAUAGCCGCAACAUCCCGUCCGUAUCGACAGCAACUUGCCGGCAAGUAAAGCAAAGACGAGUUCUCCUGCAGCCCGACAUUUGCCUCAUUGAUUUCGGCUCUGCCACGUUUGAAGACGAGUACCAUAGUUCGGUAGUCUCGACCAGACACUACAGAGCCCCAGAGGUUAUUCUCAGCUUGGAAUGGUCAUAUCCGUGCGAUAUUUGGAGCAUUGGAUGCAUUCUGGUUGAGCUGUUCACGGGCGACGCGUUGUUCCAGACGCAUGAGAAUCGAGAGCAUCUCGCCAUGAUGGAAGCGGUGUGCGGUCGUCCCAUUGACCGGGCAUUGGUGCAGCGAGCAAACAAAGCCUUCAAGAGUGCUAAACCAGGAACAAUCAACUAUUUCAAGCGCCUCAAGCUUGAAUACCCAGUUACAGAGACGACCCGAGCAUCGAGGCGAUUCGUGAACAAUAUGAAGAAGCUGGAGGAUAUUAUACCGCCCACAAAUCCGUUUCUAACUUUAUUCUUGGAUCUUCUGCGCAAGAUGUUCGCGUUCGACCCAAACAAUCGGAUCACGGCAAAGGAAGCGCUGCGGCACCCGUGGUUCCAACAAAGCACACGCGACGACGGUACCGAGGCGGCAAGACUGCACGCCGAGCGUACCGCUGCGGUCAGAUGA